AUGGAAUCCGUCCUGGAACUGGGUAUGUAUCAUUACUUAUUAUACGCUCUAGCCCUUUAAAUCUGUUUGUCUAACCUUGUGAUCACUCCUUAUAUAUACUUUUCCAUCCUAAUAGGCAUGCUGUAUACCCUCUUAAUAGAUGAGGGUGUUUCUAUUUUUUUUCUCUUUUAUCCUUGUUUAUUUGUUUGCAUUACUGUAAAUAUAGGUGUAGCUAUAUGUGUAUAUAUAGUAAUUUCAGCUGUAUCAGAUUUUCACUAUCCAGUUGCUGUGUCCUCUUUCUCCCUUUGUUUGUAACAAGAUAUGCCAUAUAUAGAGUAUUUAGAUUAUCAUUAUUUAGAUUGUAGCCUUCUAUUGAACUAUUUCGCCAUGUUUGUAGCUUACUAUACAGUCAGAUUGCUUGAAAACGUAUGUGUUUUACCCUUUCCCUAGCCAGCGCGUAUGAUGACAUCACGUGCUACGGACGCGACGUCUGACAUCACCACGCACACCCUCACAAACCAAGAAGUGAAUGGAGGCUCAGGGAUGGCGGCAGGAUGCUGGAAGAAACUGCACAGCUGAUUUCUAUUAACUUCUAAGUGUGGGGGGCAGCAAUGUAGUUAUUGUAAGCAACCUAAUACAUAUAGAGAGAGAGAGAGAUAUUUGUUUGUAUUUUGUUCUUUCUUAAGGGCAUCCGCAUUGAUAAAGGGCUACUGCCCGAAACGUUUGUCCUUCAAGAUUAAAGGUUGUAGCACCAGGGGGUGUGCCUAAAAAUCAAGUUGGGCAAGACUCUAAUUUAUUCUCUUGUUUGCUAUUAUACACUGGUGGAACUACAGUGUGGAGACAUUGCUGCACUGUGGAAAGCUCAUGGAAAUUAGUGUAGGCAGGAAUCUUGCCUCUACCUCAUUGUAUAUAUAGAUAUUAGGAGACUUCUCAUAGACCUGCGGAAGGUUUGGAAGGAAGAUCUCCAAGUUGUCCAGACUGAAAUCGGUGUGGUACACCAAAAGGUUAGAGAGCUGGAAAUGAGAGACACCUCCAGAGACACACAACUGCCAGCAGUCAAAUUAAAAGCCUUAUCUCUCAAAUACAGGAACUGCACGGGGCAGAGACCACGAUCGAAAUGCACCGCAGGCACUGAAAUUUACGUCUCAGAGGAAUUCCGGAGUCAGUUGGAAGUGGUGAGCUCCCACAAUAUAUACAUGGCCUUAUAGCCUUGCUGGGCAUUACCAAUAGGUCCAACAUCCCACAGAUCACUACAGCGUUCAGAGUACGCAAAUCGACAGCUGCGCUGAGUGAGGCACCCAGGGACACCAUCGCUAUAACACGAGAUAUUGCGGUAAAAUCCACGAUUAUGAAUGGUUUCAGGGCUCAGGGGAUAAUCCAGUAUUAUGGCCAUGAAGUGGCUAUCUAUGUAGAUGUUUGUUGUCCUGACAGAAAGGAGGGGAUUGGCACCUGUAGCCAGAAAACUGUGGGACUGUGGGAAUGUUCUCUAAAAUACCGCUGGGGCUGGAGGGAUCCCUACAAGUGGAUAAAGGAGGACAGAGCCUGUUGCUGA